AUUGUAGUAGCAUGACAUUAAUAGGAUGUAACAUGCGGUGUUACUUUCCUUGGUAUAACUACUACGCUUUGCUUUGUGUUUAAUGUCUUUUGGUAUUUAAUCAUGCAGAUUUUUAAAUUUCAUUUUGUAAUUUCAUUAUCAUAAGCUAAUGUUAUUGGUAUGCCAUUAGUUAUUAUACCGAAUGGCCAAAGACAGCUGUAAUUCGCUAUUAUUUGGAUUCUGAAGACAGCCCUCCUUUUCUUCUAAGAGGCAGUACUGCUUCGUUGUGGUUUAUUGUAUUACAUCUGAGUUUUUUUAAUCAGUCCAUCAGGUUUUCAGAUGGAAUCAGAGCGAUACCACGACUCUCACCUAUCUGAACAUGCUAUCAACGAUCACAAGGAGGGACCCACUAUCAAUGGCACUCCCACUGAGCUGGGCGAUCGCUGUGUUCAGGUUUGUGUUGACCCUGGAACCCCAGGUGCCAGUCCAGAGGAACGACAGGCCAUGUUGCCCCAGGAUGAACAUAAACCUAUUCAAACCAAGCUUUAUCUGAAGAGGUUUGUCAUCCUUACUAUCUUCAGUAUGUAUUCCCUUGUAAACGCAUUUCAGUGGAUACAGUACAGCAUAAUCACCAACAUCUUUACCCACUUCUACAGCGUCUCGAAUGACAAGAUUGACUGGCUGUCAGUAGUCUACAUGGUAGCUUAUGUGCCUCUCAUAUUUCCAGCUACCUGGCUUUUGGACAAGAAGGGUCUGCGUAUCACGGCGCUCUUGGGAUCUGGUUUGAAUUGUGUCGGAGCCUGGAUUAAAUGUGCUAGUGUACGGCCUGAUUUAUUUGGAGUGACCAUGUUUGCACAAGUCAUAUGCUCUAUAGCACAGGUGUUCAUCCUGGGGUUACCUUCGCGAGUUGCAUCUGUCUGGUUUGGUCCGAAAGAGGUUUCUACCGCUUGCGCGACUGCUGUCCUUGGCAACCAGGUUGGUACUGCUGUGGGUUUUCUGUUGCCUCCAAUUUUAGUCCCUAACACAGCAGAUGAUCUUGACUUAAUGGGGCAUAACAUCGGAAUCAUGUUCUAUGGUACAGCAGCAAUAUCAUCAGUUCUGUUUGUACUGGUAGCUUUAGUGUUUAAGGAAAAGCCUCCUCUGCCUCCAAGCCAGGCCCAGGCUGUUCAGCAGGAACAGGAGGUGUACUCGUACAAACAGUCCAUGAUCAACUUGUUCCGCAGUGUUCCAUUUGUACUGCUGCUUAUCAGCUAUGGUAUCCUGACUGGAUCAUUUUAUUCAGUCUCCACGCUGCUAAAUCAGAUGAUUAUGACCUAUUACAAGGGUGAAGAAGUAAAUGCUGGAAGAAUUGGCCUCACACUGGUUGUGGCAGGGAUGGUGGGCUCAGUCAUCUGCGGAUUUUGGUUGGAUCAUACCAAAACAUACAAGCAGACAACUUUGAUGGUGUAUAUCCUGUCGUUUGUUGGAAUGGUUGUUUUCACUUUUACACUGGAUCUCCAAUACCUUCUUAUCGUCUUCAUUACAGCAGGGGUUCUUGGAUUCUUCAUGACUGGCUAUCUCCCAUUAGGCUUUGAAUUUGCAGUUGAAAUUACAUAUCCAGAGCCAGAAGGUACCUCAUCUGGGCUUCUGAAUGCUUCUGCACAGAUUUUCGGUAUCCUGUUUACACUGGCACAAGGAAAGCUAAUGACUGACUACGGUCCUCUCGCAGGAAACAUUUUUCUAUCAGCUUGGAUCUUUGUAGGCAUUGUUUUAACAGCAUUAAUUAAAUCUGAUUUGAAAAGACACAACGUCAAUGCUGGAGUUACAAAAAUGGAUGUAAAAGCAGUACCAGUGGAGAGUCCAACUGAGCUUGUACCUAAUGGCAUUGAUUAUAGUGUGCACACAGAAUCAAGAAUUUGACACAAAAACAGACAUCUAGGAAUAUAAUUAUGUAGUUCUGGCCAAGGAUGAUUAAAAGACAAUGGUAGCAUCACAGAAAUUGAAGAAGAGCACAAGAACUUCUAAGGCAGACCUCAAGCUUGAGUCAUCCUUCACAUGGGUAUCUGCCUCUACGUAUUAAAGUCUGUUUAGUAAGCAGUAUUUGAAGAAGCUGUUACCACUUCUGGAAGAUGGCAGGUGUCCUUGACCUGAACAUGGAUAUGGCAGUGGUUGUUCCACUGUAUUUUACUGAGUCUGUCUCAUGUUAAUGAGACUUUUAGCUGGAUGUACAUAUUGCAUUUUUCAUGACAUUGUUUAUUUUUUUAUAUUUUAUGUUACCAUUCUGCUUGAUCCAGUAAGGAAUUUGAAUGCUUUUCAUGCUGGUGGUUUCCUCAAAGGAAAAAUUCUCUAGGACAUUUCAGUAACAUGUCAGAGCUAACAAAUUACUUGCUGGAUUUAGUUUACUGCUAAAAGUGCUGCUUUGCUCUUUCUCAGUGGGCACAUAUUAUGCUGCCUGUACUAAGGCAAAAGAUAGGGUGGAGACAUUCAGCCAGGGAGUAAAUACAUGUUGCAGCUGUAUUAGUUGCACUAGCUGAUGCAUAACUGCUGGGAUUUGUACUACUGAAGCCAUGUUGCUUUGCACUAAGGACAGCCAUCAAGGGCUGUGGUCACAAGUAACUGUUCUUCCUGUAGGUGUGUCUUUCCUGACCCUAGGUCAUGCAGAUAAAAGUUUUAAUCAGAUCUGCUUAAGAUAGACUUAGAAACCAAUAAUAAAAACAUGUUAUUUUUUUCGUUAGUGAUGGUACAACAGUCUCUGGAGGGUGUUGUGAUUGUUAAUAUGUUCUUGACAAAUUGCUAGGAAGGAGUAUCUUUAUAUGAUGCCUUUAUAUGCAGUAUUAACUAAAUUGUGAUGCACAAGUUCUGACUCUCACUAUUGCAGGAAAAGGUUUAAUCUUUCACCAGAUAACCCAUUCAGUAGGUAUUCUUCGUGUUCUUUCUUAGUUUGGUGUCUUGGUAUCCCACAUAACUUGUAAAAGUUUAAGUUACUCUCAUAUUUCAGCAGUUAAAUGUACCUAACCAGGAAAUGAAAACAUUUGCAUUAGGUGUGACAAAAGAAAGAAAAUGUUCUGUUGACACUGCUACAUGAGUGUCAACAUGCAAGAAAGAAGAAUGUCAUUUGCAAAGCUAGAGGUCUAGUAAAGGGAAGAACCACAUGUUCAGUUUUGGGAGCCAUGAUGUCCUUUGCAUUCUAAUAGAGCUCCACCAAUGAAUAGGGUGGCAAAUGCAUCUAAUGUUUAAGAUCAGUACAGACAGAGCACUAACACUGGGUAGGAAUCUGUCUAAAUUGUUGUUCAGUAAUUUGCACAAGACACAGAGAGUGAUGGAUACAGCUAUAGUCAGACAUAAGAAAUCUCCAAGCAGGAAGCAUUUUGGUGGCAAAGUCAAGGAAGUGCUCUUAAAGGCAGUAACAGGGCCAAGGCUGAGUGUGUGUUAGGUGGCAGCUUGAUAAACUAGUUAUCUGUAAGUAGUGGACAGUAAUAACCAAAAGUAUCAAUUUGAAACUGUGACAUGGUCCAGAAUAAUGCACAGGUUAAACAGAUGUACUGUAUUUCUGGACAGUUAUUUAUGAAGUAUAUUAAAUUAUCAAAAUGUACUUCCUGUAAA